AUGGGAUGCUAUACCAAAUUUUUUCUCGCAAGAGAAACCAAGGUCACUCUUUCUAUAGAAGUUCUAGUUUCAACAUAUUUGAAUAGCAUCAUAAUUCCAGAAUUGGUACAAUAUCUUCUCCUUGAAACGAAAAUAAUGGGACUAUCACCUCAAAUUCUUAGCUUCACUAUUAUUACUUGGGGAAAUUCACUUUCAGACUUCAUAGUAAAUGUAUCUAAGAUUGGACAUGCUUAUAUGGGGUUAUCUGGGUGUUAUGGAGCUCCAGUAUUCCUCAUAUACUUUGGCUUUGGUCUGAUUAUCCUCAUGCAAUGUAUUAAAAGUGAUUCCAAACUGGUAUCUAUAUUAUUAGAAAAGUCAUCUACAUUUAUAUUAUUGGCAAAUACAACUUGUAUGGCUUCCUAUUGCAUUCGUAAUAAUAACCAUAUAAAAAAUUCAAUUAUUCGGAUAUAA